CUCAGCCACAGCACGACUGGUUACGAGCGCUUCUUUGCUUAUUCCCUCCUUUUCCGACCAGCGUCAUGCAGGCGCCGCCGUCAUCAUCAAUCCUGCCACAGUGGCUCGUCGGAGAUGCAUCACCACGCCUUUCGAUUGUCAAUUCCAAGCUUCUGAUCCCGGCCCGCUGAUCGGCCCGCCGUUAACGCGCGCAAUACUCUGUCUGUCUUGCAUGGGCCUUUCUCUUCCUAUCGAGACAUGACGGGCGCCUGGAACCGUUUCUUGUACCAGCUUUAUCGACGCUCUCGUCCAGUGCUUUGCACUUUCUGCUGGAACUCGCUACCGAUACUUUGGUUCUGCCGUGUCUCCAAUACGCGCAGGUGUGUAGUACAAUACCAACACCACCUCCCCCCCCCCCCACAUUUACCUUUUUGGACUCUACCAGGCGCUGUAGGAGGGGGGAGGGGGUGGGCAAAGAGGGGGCAAACGAGAGAAAUAUCCGGUACCCCACGGGACACUCACCGUCACAGGGUCACAAGAGGCUCCGCCAGAAAGUUGCCACCCGUACAAUGGGUCACCACGGGGGAUUCGUACGAUCUGUGCACGGGCCAAGGCGAGUAUGCCUUGAGAUUCUGCCUGGCGGAGGUUAAUAUUAGAUCGUGUUCCCCUCUUCUUCACAUGGUGGCCUGCAAACCUAGCCGCGAUACGCCGCUGCCUGAUUCUGGCUGGAAUUCCCGGGGUUCUCUAAGUAGGGAUGGCGAUGAAUGGCAUUGGACGAACCGUAGGUAAUAGUCUGUAGACCGUAGACUUCUGUCCAGGGUAUGUUGGUUGAGGAGGAGGAUGGGGGGGAGAAGAGGAGGAGGUAUUCGUCCAGCUGUGAGUCGUAGGUCAACGAUCCACUCGGAUGUCUGAAAUUUCUGGCAUAGAACCGCGGGUUUUUGCAUUUCCGAGGUAUUGCACCUCUAAUCUGUACAUAUCUCUCUGCCUAGUUCACUUGAGUCCUGCUCCUGGAAGUCGACACCUCUACAUAUUGCAGUGGUUAAG